AUGUCGGGCCAGAUGAAGGGCCUCAACGGGGCGGGGACUCCAUCCAAGGACAUUCAUGGGUUGAAUGACAUUUGGGUUGUGAAGAUGUUGGAUUCAAUUUUCCAGCCCAUAAUUUUUCUAUGGUUCUGUAUCUGGUGCUUCAUAGUGAACUUCUUUGUGACAUUGGGAGAUCCAUUCUGUCUAAUUGUGCUAUUUCUACUAUGUGCUGCCAUCAUAUAUGCAGCCGUUGCACAUCUACGCAUCCCCCCUCCCUCCGAAGAAGCAGUCCGCAGUGUCCUCGGCCCUGCUUUCGACGAAGACGAGGCAGAGAACGUGAUGGACGUGAUCGGGCACCGUGGAGCAUGCCUGGAUGCGCCCGAGAACAGCCUGUCUGCAUUUCGCAAAUGCAAGGAGCAGGGAGUGAAAGGAGUGGAACUGGACAUAUGUCUGAGCAAGGACGGAGUGGCCUAUGCGUUCCACGACGACACGUUCGAUCGCCUCACCGAGGCCACCGGUCCUGUUUCCAGUCUCACAUGGAGUCAAGUUCAGGAGCUGCAUAUCAGGCCUCCACCUGGUCAUGAGAAUGAAUUUGAGAAGGAGAAGAUCCCCUCCCUGGCUGAAGCCCUGAAUACCUGCUUGGACCUGGGGUUGAAGGUCAUCAUUGAUGUCAAGUAUUCAACCCACCAGGUCCGGAAGGAGGAUCCUCGGAUUGUGUUCUCGAUGGGAUUCCGGCCGUGGUACUACAGCCACAGGGCGUUCUCUGGGCAGCAAGGACCCAGCAGCCCACGAUUCAGGCAUUUCAAGCACAUCCUUGCUGUGGGCCUGGAUCUCAUCAUGCAUUGGGCUCUCAUGCACAUCCUGGUUGACUUCCUGGGCAUCUCUGCUAUCCUCUUCGUCAAGGAUGCCCUUCAUAGUAUGAAGUCACCAGGUGGAAGGCAAAGGGCGUGAGAGUGUAUGCUUGGACGGUAAACAGUCCAACUGCGAAACGGUAUUUCCUCGAGGAGGUGCAGGUCCCAAUUCUCACAGACACUCUUUUUCCAUCCGUGAGGAAGAAACCCUCAUCGGUUUCUUCAUGAAGAGGCACAAGAACAUUCUUGCACUAUUUUGAGCAUCUCAAUUAAAUUUUAAUAGAUCUGUAUUCCUUCCUGGUCUUUCCUGUUGUUGUUUCCCAGUUUGUCAAGAAUAC